AUGAUGUCCAUGAACAGCAAACAGCCUCAUUUUGCCAUGCAUCCCACCCUACCUGAGCACAAAUACCCCUCUCUACACUCCAGCUCGGAAGCAAUAAGAAGAGCAUGUCUACCAACUCCACCGCUGCAGAGCAAUAUCUUUGCCAGCCUCGAUGAGACCCUGCUGGCGCGGGCCGAGGCUCUGGCCGCCGUCGACAUCGCCGUCUCGCAGGGCAAGAGCCACCCGUUCAAGCCCGACGCCACGUACCACACCAUGAACAGCGUGCCCUGCACCUCCACCUCCACCGUGCCCCUGGCGCACCACCACCACCACCACCACCACCAUCACCAGGCGCUGGAGCCCGGCGACCUCCUGGACCACAUCACCUCCCCCUCCCUUGCGCUCAUGCCCGGCGGAGGCGGCGGCGGAGGCGGCGGCGGCGGCGGCCACGACGGGGCGGGCGGCGGCGGCGGCGGGGCCGGCGGCGGCGGGGGCGGCGGCGGCAGCGGCGGGGGCGGCGGCGGCCUCAUCUCCACGUCGGCCCACCCGCACUCGCACAUGCACGGCCUGGGCCACCUCUCGCACCCGGCCGCCAUGAACAUGCCGUCGGGGCUGCCGCACCCGGGGCUGGUGGCCGCGCACCACGGCGCCGCGGGGCAGGUGGCCUCGGCGGCGGCGGUGGUGGGGGCGGCCGGCCUGGCCUCCAUCUGCGACUCAGACACGGACCCGCGGGAGCUGGAGGCCUUCGCCGAGCGCUUCAAGCAGCGCCGCAUCAAGCUGGGGGUGACCCAGGCCGACGUGGGCUCGGCGCUGGCCAACCUGAAGAUCCCGGGCGUGGGCUCCCUCAGCCAGAGCACCAUCUGCCGCUUCGAGUCCCUCACCCUCUCCCACAACAACAUGAUCGCCCUCAAGCCCAUCCUGCAGGCCUGGCUGGAGGAGGCUGAGGGCGCCCAGCGGGAAAAAAUGAACAAGCCCGAGCUCUUCAAUGGGGGCGAGAAGAAGCGCAAGCGGACUUCCAUCGCCGCCCCGGAGAAGCGCUCGCUGGAGGCGUACUUCGCCGUCCAGCCCCGGCCCUCCUCCGAGAAGAUCGCCGCCAUCGCCGAGAAAUUGGACCUCAAAAAGAACGUGGUGCGGGUUUGGUUUUGCAACCAGAGACAGAAGCAGAAACGGAUGAAAUUUUCCGCCACCUACUAG